AUGUUUCGGCUGAUAUUUAUUUUAUCAUUAUUUUCUGUUUGUAAUUCUAUUCUGAUUACUAAAAUACAAAAUAUUAUAAUAGUUGGUGAUAUGUACAACAAUUUAUUUAAUGUAUCAGAAGAUCAAUGCAUAUGUGAAAUGAUAGAAGCAAAUGAUGCAAUAUCUGCUUUGAAUUAUUUCUCAACAAAUCAAACUUGUCAAUUAUAUCGCUCAAAUAGUAGUAAAAUUUAUGUUGAAUUUUCUUUAAAUUCUACUAUUAUAUUUCUUAAUCAAUCGUCAAUAUCAAUAUCAAUAUUGAACAUUCAAGGAUAUCCUCCAUUUUUUGAAAUAGAACCGAGUGCGUCAUCAUCAACACCAACAACAUCAUCAUCAUCAUCAUCAUCAUCAUCAUCAUCAUCAACCUCAGAAACAACUUCAGCAACAUCACCAUCAUCAUCAACAUCAACUUCAACUUCAACAACAUUAUCAUCAACCUCAACAACAACAGCAUCAUCAACAUCAUCAUCAACUUCAGAAACAACUUCAACAUCAUCAUCAUCAUCAACAUCAACAACAACAUCAACUUCAUCAUCAACCUCAGAAACAACUUCAACUUCAACAACAUCAUCAACAACAACGUCAACAACAACAAGUGCCUGCAACACUUUUCAUGAUCAAACUACUUAUCCAGUUGGGACCUAUCCUCAGGCACUAGCAGUUAUCGAUGUGAAUAGUGAUAACAAACCCGAUAUUGUCCUUGUAAACUAUGGUUCGAACACUACCAGUGUACUUCUCAACACAGGGAAUGGCACUUUUAAUGCUCCAACUACUUAUUCAGUUGGCGCAGGUCCAUCGUCAGUACUAGUCGUCGAUGUGAAUAGCGACAAUAAAUCCGAUAUUAUCGUUUCAAACGUUGGUUCGAAUACUGUCAGUGUUCUUCUGAACAGAGGUAACGGUACCUUUAAUGCUCAAAAUACGUUUUCAGUUGGCAGUUACCCCUAUUCAGUAGCUGUCGUUGAUGUGAAUAGCGAUAAUAAACCUGAUAUCGUUGUUGCAAACUAUUAUUCGAACAAUGUCGGUGUUCUUCUUAACAGAGGCAACGGUAGCUUUAUUGCUCAAACUACUUACGCAGUCGGCAGUAACCCGUAUUCAGUAGCUGUCGUCGAUGUGAAUAGCGAUAAUAAACCUGAUAUUAUUAUUGCAUACUAUCUUUCGAACAAUGUCAGUGUUCUACUUAAUACACACAACGGUACCUUUAAUUCUGAAACUAGUUACUCAGUUGGCAUUACUCCAUUUUCAGUAGCUGUCGUCGACGUGAAUAACGACACUAAACCUGAUAUUCUUGUUCCUAACUAUGGUUCGAACACUACCAGUGUACUUCUCAACAGAGGCAACGGCAGCUUUAAUGCUCAAAUUACUUACGUAGUUGGUUAUGGCCCUACAGGAGUAGCAGUCGGCGACUUGAAUAGCGACAAUAAACCUGAUAUUGUUGUUACAAACUAUUAUUCGAACAAUGUCGGUAUUCUUCUCAACACAGGCAAUGGCACUUUUAAUGCUCAAACUACUUAUCCAGCUGGCACCAAUCCAUACUCAGUAGCAGUUGUCGAUGUGAAUAGUGAUAACAAAUCUGAUGUUAUUGUUACAAAUCAAGGUUCGAACACUGUCAGUGUUCUCUUACAUUGUUAA